UCAGUGCGAACAUUCUCGCAUGAAUAUUUACAUAAACGAGGUGUAGAUUCAUCAAAAUGUUUGAAAGUGUAGUAGGUGUUUAAUUAUAUUUUAAAUAUUGCCGGUUUUUUUAUCUUACCAUAACAGGCGUCAUAGUGUGCGCAGUUAUUUCACAAGCUUAUCAAAUUGUUCUUAAUUUUUAUUAGCAAUGGAGGUGGAGCUUCCUUUUAAAACAGAGUACGCCAAAUCUGGUAGAGCAAGUUGCAAAGGAUGUAAAGGUAAUAUAAGUCAAGGAUCACUUAGGAUUGCUGCAAUGAUCCAGUCGGCUUUCCAUGAUGGGAAAUCUCCAAACUGGUUUCACGCGAGCUGUUUUUUUAAAAAACAAAGGCCGCAAUCAGUGGGUGAUAUAGAAAAUUUUGAAAAUCUACGAUUUGAAGAUCAAGAGCUUAUACGUAAACGAAUUGAGGAGUCAGUGUCCGUCGUCGAAGCAAAAGGUUCUACAAAAAAAGGUGGUAAAAAACGUUCAAAUGGAGAAGUAGAAGUUUUGAAAGAUUUUGGUGUAGAACACGCUAAGUCUGGCAGAGCUAUGUGUCGUGGUUGUGAGCAAAAAAUAACGAAAGGCCAGAUAAGGGUUAAAAAAACUGUUUAUGAUACGGAAGUUGGAAUGAAAUAUGGUGGUCAAGCACUGUGGCAUCAUUUAGAAUGUUUUGCUUCGUUACGUGCGGACUUAGGUUGGUUUGCUAGUGGUGAGCAACUUCCUGGUUUUAAAGCAUUAGAAGCUGAUGCAAAAGAUGAAGUUAAGAAAAUAUUACCUACUAUUAAAUCCGAAAAUGCUUCAGUACCAAAAAAAGCCAAAGUGGAACCACAAGAUGCUGAGGAUGAAAUAAUUGAGCAAAAUUUAAUUAAAUCAAUAAAGAAUCAAACAAAAACUCUGUUUGAAUUCCGUGAUAACAUUAAAGACUUAAUGAGCAAAAAUGAUAAAAUUGAACUAUUACAACGUAACAAACAAGAUCCAGUUCAAGGCGAUUCUGAAAAGUUAUUAGAUCAGUUGGCAGAUAUGUUAACAUUUGGCGUUAUAUCGUCAUGUCCGGAAUGUAAAGGUUCCCAAUUGUUAUUUCAGAAAUCUGGUUAUUUUUGUAAUGGUCAAUUAACUGAAUGGACAAAAUGCGCACAUUUUAUUAAGGAGCCUAAACGUACGGCUUGCAAAAUUCCCAGAGAAUUCAAAAAAACUUAUCCUUUUCUUAGUAAGGUAAAAAAAGAACCACAAAUUCGUGCAAUCCGAUAUGUACCACCAAGUUCGUCUACUAUUGCUAAAAAUGUUCCUGCUAAAAAAGAUGAUGAAUCAAAUGGACCUAAAGUUAAACGCGAAAAGCCUCCGCUAUACAAUUUGCGUUUUGCUCAUAUUGGCUUGUCAGAACAAUUUGAAAAUUUAAAACAGCGUAUAUCUAAACUUGGUGGAUCUUGUGACACUAAAAUUAAUGAAAAAGUCAUAGCCAUUUUUUCAACUGAAAAAGAAGUGGAGAAGCUGUCUAGCCGUAUGUUAAAGGCAAAAGAGCUUGGAAUUCAUAUUAUACCUUUGAAAUAUCUGGAUUCAGUAGAAGGAAGUAAUGCUAUCAGUAACAUAACAAGUAUGAGCCUUUGUGAUUGGGGUACAGAUCCCUCAACAAGAGUUUCACAAGAAGAGUAUAAGAGCGGAAAAAGUAUAUAUACUAAAUCUGUGCCUAAAUCUAUUACAUUAAAGUUAAAAGACGGCAUGGCGGUUGAUCCAGACAGUAGCCUGCAAGAUAUUGCACAUGUAUAUAUAAAAGGAAAAGAUAAAUACAACGUAGUGUUAUGCAUGACAGAUAUACAAAAAAAUAAAAAUUCGUUUUAUAAGUUGCAACUACUGGAGAGUGAUUAUAAAAAUAAAUUCUGGGUAUUUCGAUCUUGGGGUCGUAUUGGAACAACAAUAGGUAAUCAUAAGUUGGAAAACUAUGGAACCGUAUUUGAAGCAAUUAAUGCGUUUGAACAAAUUUAUCUUGAACGAACCGGAAAUGAAUUUAAGGAUAGAGACAAUUUUGUUAAGAUGGCUGGACGUUACUAUCCUCUCGACAUAGACUACGAUGAUAAGAGUGGAGUUGACUUAUCUGCUGAACAUGAUAUAAAGUCGAAACUUGAUCCAUCUAUUCAGAAUAUUAUAAAACUUAUGUUUGAUAUAAAUACGAUGAAACGAACAAUGAUGGAAUUUAAUUUAGACAUGGAAAAAAUGCCACUAGGCAAACUUAGUCAAAAACAAAUACAAUCUGCUUAUGCUGUUUUAUCUGAAAUUUCAGAUCUUAUUAAAAAAGAUGCUAUUCAAACAGCCUUUAUAGAUGCUACUAAUCGCUUUUAUACAUUAAUUCCACACAAUUUUGGAGUUCAGAAACCACCGCUACUAAAUACAAAUGAAGAAAUCACCACGUUGCUUCAAAUGCUUGAUUCAUUAAUGGAAAUUGAAUGUGCUUAUAAUUUAAUUAAAUCCGAAGAGAACAUAAAGGAAGAUAUGAAUCCAAUAGAUAAACAUUAUGAACAGUUAAAAACAAAACUAGAACCUUUAGAUAAAACUAGUAAGGAAUAUGAAAUGUUAGAAAAUUAUGUCAAAAAUACUCAUGCCGAUACGCAUAAGAUGUAUGAACUUGAAAUAAUUGAUAUAUUUAAAGUCGCUAGACAGGGAGAAUCUCGUCGAUACAAACCAUUUAAAAAACUCCACAAUCGAAAAUUGUUAUGGCACGGUUCACGUCUUACCAAUUUUGCUGGUAUAUUGUCUCAUGGAUUGAAAAUAGCACCGCCGGAAGCGCCUGCUACCGGUUACAUGUUCGGUAAAGGAAUUUAUUUUGCGGACAUGGUUUCAAAAUCAGCUAAUUAUUGCUUUACCAGCACGCAAAAUAAUACUGGUCUCAUGAUUCUGUCAGAAGUUGCUUUAGGAGAUAUGCUGGAAUGUACUUCAGCAAAUUUCAUAAAAACUUUACCUAAUAAUAAGCAUAGUUGCUUUGGUCGUGGCCGUACAAUGCCUAAUCCGAAGGAAUCAUAUUUCCGAGAAGAUGGUGUCGAAAUACCGUUUGGAAAACCUACAACUAAUAACAAACUAAUGUCAUCAUUGUUGUACAACGAGUAUAUCGUAUACGAUAUUGCUCAGGUAAAUAUUCAGUAUUUGUUUCAUAUGAACUUCAAUUACAAGGUGUAAUAUGCUGAAUAUAUUCGGGCUAUAGAAUUAUAAAACUUUAUUAUAUAUAACUACUUUUUUAUAUUAUAUUAUAUUUAUCAGACUAUGUUUAUUAAAA